AUGUUCGCCAAGUUCCUCUCUCGCGUGAAGGCCUUGCCGCCGAGAUCGGGUGACUGGGCUAACAAGCUGGGACCUGUGGCGCUAAUGGGCUGCUCGGGCGGAGCACACAUGAGUUCGACGAAGCUUCUGAACCAUUUCUACACGUCCCCGCGAGACUGCGACAUGUAUGCGGAGUUGACCUUCCAUGAGCCCGGCCCUGUGGAAUGUCCACCAGAGACGGUCAUUUUUUUCCCUGUGAUCCAGUGUGGUGAAAUGCUGGAUGACAAGAGUGAGCCGAGCAAGGCCACCAAGGACGACUGGUACCUGGCGAUGACAGAAGCCACGACAGAGUUGCUGGAGAAGGGCUACGUCCCGGUGAGCGCCGGCGGUGAUGGCUCUGCGACGCUGGCUAUGGUUGAGGCGUACAAGCGGCUCUUUCGGUCAAGCGAGGUGGUGCUGAUUCACUGCUCUGCCAGACCGGCGCUGGAGAAAGCGGAACAACCGAUUCGUGUACUGCUCGAGAAGGACCUAUUGAAGGGUGUUGUCGAGAUUGGUAAUCGCUGUGUCUCGUCCGGCGACCGCAAGGUCCGCAAGCAGCAUAAGGUGAUGUACAUGGAUAUGCAAGCCAUAUACGCAAAGGGUCUAUUUUGCAUUCGCGACAUCCGCAAUGACUAUCCAGUCUUUUUGAGCAUUGACGCUGAUGUACUGGAUCCGGCUUUUGCACCGGCCGUGCAGUCACCCGUGCCAGGGGGUCUCUCUACGCGGGACCUGUUGCACAUCAUGACCGGCAUUCGAGGGCCCAAGGUGGCUGGAAUCGACAUCCACGGGUACCACCCUAGUCUGGACAUGUGCCGUAGCGAUGGCGUUGGCCUGACCCAGAUGGCGUUGACGAAGGUGUUGAAGGAGUCGAUUGUCAAGGCGUACACCAUCUCCACACAGACUGCGGAGGAGGGUCUCGAGAGAGUGCGCCUGAUGCAGCGACAGGGCACGCUGUCUGACAACCCAUACCCUGAUUACUGA